AUGGUGGGAGCAAGUGCCUCUGAAGUCAUCUUUAUCUCUGUCAGUCACAGCAUCACUUUGAUGGGGAAGGUGUGGCUCAUUGUGAUGAUCUUCCUCCGUAUCCUGAUCCUCCUCUUUGCUGGUUAUCCCCUCUACGAGGAUGAGCAGGAGAGAUUUGUGUGUAACACCAUUCAGCCCGGCUGUGCCAAUGUGUGCUAUGAUGUGUUUUCUCCCCUCUCUCUUUUUCGGUUCUGGCUGGUGCAGCUGAUCACCUUGUGUCUCCCCUACAUCAUCUUUAUUAUCUACGUGGUUCAUAAGGUCUCAAAUGGCCUCACUGUGGACCUAAACUCCUCGGGUCAUGUCAAAGCAUUGCCGCUUUUCAAGAUCCACCAGAAGCCAUUUAACAAGACAUCUGUAAACAAGAUGACUCUGGUGGCUGAGCGAGGAUUGGCCCAGUGCUUCACAGGAGCCUACAUCUUCCAUCUGAUGUUCAGAACAUUGCUGGAGGCAGGGUUUGGGGCAGCUCACUACUAUCUUUUUGGUUUCUACAUCCCCAGGAGGUUCCUGUGCCAGCAUCCACCGUGCACUACCCAGGUGGACUGCUACAUCUCCAGGCCCACUGAGAAGACCGUGAUGCUCAACUUCAUGCUCACUGUGGCUGCUCUGUCCCUUUUCCUAAAUGUGUUGGAUUUCUUUUGCGCCAUCAAGCGCUCUGUGAUGCAGAAGAGCAAGAGGAAGAUGAUGGUGGAGAAGAUUUACGAAGAAGAGCAGUGUUUCCUUUCAGCCGGAGGAGCCUCCAGAGCAACAGACCUAAUCGCUCAGCAGGAUUUAGAAGUAGAGGCUGGUCAGACAGGGAGUUUUCGGAAGAGGCGAGGCAGCAAGGGCUCUUGCGGAGGUGGAGUUCUUGCUUUAGGUCCAGAUCCUUCUCUUCCAUGCUCUCCAGGACCUCCAGGGUGCAACACAAACGGGAACAACGGCUACUAUGUUUCCCAAGAGGAGGCUUCGGAGAGGAAUGGCAGUGAUGUGGCUCUCUGCCCCCCAGAGCCGAUAGGGACACCGAGAUCCAUUCGUGUUAGCAAACGCAGUCGACUCAAACCACCACCUCCGCCCAGACGAAACCUUGGGUCAUCCCCUGGGGGGUCAGCUGGGCCCAUUGGGGAUGUUUCCACAGCAACAGCAAUCUGUACCAGAAGGCUGAGUCAGUACACGCUGGUUGAGCUGGGUAGCAAUGCAGAGCUACAGACCACUGAUGAUGGGCAAGAGAAAAGAGCAGAGUGGGUGUGA